AUGUUGCCAUCAUUAAUUUACUGUUGGUUGUUAUUAUUUAUACCUUUUGGUUUAUCAGUAAGUAAUAAUAAUAAUAAUAAUAAUAAAAAUAAUAAUUUUAAUCCAACUGAUUUUAAUCAAUGGAGUAAUAAUGAUUUAACUGAAUUUUUAAGAGAUCGUAAAAUUGAAAUUAAUAAAAAAUGGGAUAAUUCAAAAUUAAUUAGUUUAGCUGAAAAUGAAUUAAAAAAUUUACAAUCAAAUUUUAAGUCAACAAAAGAUCAAAUUGAUAAAUUAAUUGAACCAAAAAAUUCAAAUUUAGAAGAUUAUUUAAACUUUAAUUAUUUAUUUAAUAAUCAUAAAGAUAAAAAAAAUCAACAGAAAAAACAGUAUUAUAAAGAUUAUAUCUUUAAUUCAUGGAAUUUAAAUAAUGUUCAAAAUUUUGCUAAAAAAAAUGGUAUAAAAAUUGAUAAAAAUGAUCAAAAAUUUCAAAUUAUUGAUAAAAUAAAAGAUUCGUUUGAUCAAUUAGUUAAAAAAAAUUCCGGUUCAAAUUAUUAUCCUGGAGAUUGGUUAUAUAAUUCUUGGUCAAUUAAGGAUCUACAACAAUGGUUAAAAGAAUAUCAAAUUGAGUUUAAUCCAAAUUCUAAAAAAGAUGAAUUAAUUUCGCAAGUUAAAAAAUAUAAUUAUCAAGUUCAAGAAUCUUUAGAGGAUUCUAAAAAUUCAUUAUUUAAUUCUUUAAAUUUAUUUGAUAAAACUAUUUUUGAUAAGACUGGUCAAAUUAAAGACGAUUUUUUUGAAACUUGGUCAUAUUCUCAAUUAAGAGAAUGGUUAUACUUGCAUGGUUUUAUUGAUACAAAACCGGAUGUCUAUGUCAAAGAUUUAUCGAAAGAUAAUUUAAUUCAAACUGCUAAACAAUAUAAAAAUUAUUUAUUAGAUGAUAUUCAUCAAUGGUUAAAUGAUACAGAAAAAAAUUCUUAUGUGCCAUGGCUACAAAAGGGGAACAAUAAAAACAAGAAAAACAAUGUUAUAAAUGAUACAUUCUUAUUAAAUAUUCAAAAUUGGUCAAAGGAUAAAUUGCGUGAAUUUUUGAAUGUUCGUCAAAUUCCAUAUUCAAUUUUUACUACAAAAUCUCAAUUAAUUGAAUUAGUUAAGAAACAUAAAUUUGAUCCAGUUCAUAGUGAUGAAACAAUUGCUUGGAUUUUAAAAUCAAAUGACGAUGAGUCUAAACAAUCAUUGAUUUCAUGGUUAAAAGAACAAGGUCAAAAUAUUGAAGGAGAUUUAGCAAGUUUAUUUAAAUCAACUUAUCUUAAAUUUGGUUCAGGUUUGAAUAAUGUCGACUCACAAAUUAGAUUACAUAAGCCUAAUGUAAAUGAAUAUAAAAUUUAUUUGGAAAAGAAUUUGGAUCCAAAAAAAUAUGAACAAUUAACUGAUGAAAAAAUUGAAACUGGUUUUCAAAUAGUUGAAGGUUAUUUUAAUAAAGCUAGUGAAAUUGCAAAAUCACAAUUUUCUGAUAAAAAAUACGAAAUUGAUCAGGCAUUGCAAGAUAUUGAGGAUGCAAGUUAUGAAUAUUCUGUUCAAUUUUUAGAUCAAGCACAUACUGGCAAAAAACAAAUUUCACAGUUUGUUAAAGAUGCACAAUUAGCAUCUGAACAAUUUGUAAAAUCUUUGACUGGUAAAUUAAUUAAGGAUUGGGAAAACGUUUCGAAUGGCGUUCAGAGAAAAAUUUCUGAAUGGUGGUUUCAAUCAAAUAAAGAGUUGAAUAAAGGUAUCGAUCAAACUAACCAAAAGAUCUUGAAUCUAAAAAAUGAUGCAAAUGAAGCUAUUGAAAAAGGUACAGAUCAAUUAAAUGAAAAAUAUAAAGCUGUUGAAAAAGAUGCAAAAGAAAAAUUAGCUGCAGCAAAGAAGGAAUCUGAAAAAUUGGCUAAGGAUUUUUCCAAAAAAACUGGCGAAGCUUAUGACGAAGCUGCAAAAGUUGCUAGUGAAAAAUAUGAAGAAGCAAAACAAUAUGGUGGAAAAAAACUAAGUGAAGCAGCAGCUGCUGGUGGUGAAUUAUAUGAAGAAGGAAAAGUUAAAGCUGGCGAAUAUUACGAUGAAGCUUCAAAAAUUGCAAGUCAAAAAUAUGACGAAGCUGUAACCGCAGGUGGUGCAUACUAUGAUGAAGCUUCCAAACUUGCUGCUCAAAGAUACGACGAAGGAAAAACCAAAGCUAGUGAAUUGUAUGAACAAGGUAAAAAAAUUGGUGAUCAAAAGUAUAAAGAAGGAAAAGUUAAAGCAGGAGAAUAUUACGAUGAAGCUUCAAAAAUUGCAAGUCAAAAAUAUGAUGAAGGUAAAGUUGCUGCUGGUGAUUAUUAUGACCAAGCAAAAGAAGUUGGUGGUCAAAAAUAUGAAGAAGCUAAGAAGAUUGGUGGACAAAAAUAUGAUGAAGCUUUAAAAGUUGGUGAUAAACAUUAUGUUAAUCUCAAAUACAGAAUUAAAGAUUUAUAUUAUAAUCUUUACACAACAAUUUUAUAUUAUACUGGAUUUAUAAAUUAUGAAAAUUUAAACAAAUCAAUUGAUUAUACAAAUGAAAAAAUUGGUGAAUCUUUUGAUACUAUAUUUAAUAUUUUAUCUAAUGCUGAUUUAAAAUCAUAUCUUCAAUCAUUUGGUUAUAAUUAUAAGUGGUUAUCAAAAUUGAAUAGAAAACAAUUGAUUAAAUUAGCAGAAGCACAAAAUAAAGUAUUUCAUGGAUAUGAUACGAAUUUUGAUAAAUCAAUUGGUGACAUUAUAAAAGAUACAACUGAUGAAGUUCAAUAUAAAUUAGGAUUAAAGAAAAAACCAGAAUCAUUUGCAGAGAAGUUAAAAUCAUUCUUGUUACACAUAUGGUAG